GAGGCGGGGCUGAUAAACAUUUCUUUCACUUCUUCAUUUACAUGUCUUUUAUAACCAUUACGGCUUCACAUGACGUUGUUACAUCACAGUCUGUACUCCUAUUAAACUACUGAAGUUACUACUGAAGUUAUUAUGUUUUUACAGAACACAAAACGCUGCUGUUCUGCUGUUAAACUGCUGUGUUCAUGUUCAUGUUUUAUUUCUCACAUACUGCUCGAUUAUAUGUUCAACACGUCCAAAAGUUAAUCUACAUUUAUAUGUUCAUUCCAAUUAAUCAAGUAAAUAAUAUAAUUAUAAUGUAUCUACAUACUUACUUUACUGUUAUAUCGAUCAAAGCAUGUUUAAUAGAUAAAUAGAACAACACAUGACAUUUUCAUUUCAUCACAAACGACGUGUUUGACAGUGGACACGACACGACAACAAGGAAGACAAAAUAAAUACGUAUAAGACGUGUAACAUACAAUUAAAUUAAAAACAAACUUUUAAAAACACAUUUUAAAAAGUAAGUUUGUGGAUCAUGUAUGUCCAUCAGAAAAACACGACAUCGACGAGUCAAAAGUUUGUCCAUAAAGUUCAUCACGUUCGACGUUUUUAGCGGAGGUUUAACCGUAACACGUCAGCAGCCCCGCCCCUCGUCUCCGGUUGCCAUAGUAACUCCACAACGCCAGAGGAAGACACGGGGCUGAAUGGAGACCUUAUGGCUGCUUUCUAACGGAUGAAAGCCCUGUUAUUAAACCGGGUUAUUAAACCGGGCCAUCAGAGCCGGGUUAUCAGAGCCGUGUUAGUAAACCGGGCCAUCAGAGCCGGGUUAUCAGAGCCGUGUUAGUAAACCGGGCCAUCAGAGCCGGGUUAUCAGAGCCGUGUUAUCAGAGCCGUGUCAGCAGCGUUCAGACAGGACUGGCUGCGGAGGACUGAUGCAGACUCGGAGGUUCUUCACCCCUGAUGAGGUGGCCGCUCACAACACCGCUGACGACCUGUGGGUGUCGUUUCUGGGCAAAGUGUGUGACCUGACCCCCCUGAUGAACCAGUACCAAGGUGACAUCCUCCUCCUCCCCAUCAUGGAGUGUGCCGGGAAGGAUGUCAGCCACUGGUUUGACCCGGAGACCAAAGACGUGCUGAGGUAUGUGGAUCCACUGACUAACUGCAGCAGGUACUACACCCCCAGGGGGCGCUUCGUGCACGUCCCCCCCGCCGGUCCUCGCUCCGACUGGGCCAGUGACAUCGGCCAGCCCUGGUGGAGGGACGACCGCUACGUGGUGGGACGGCUGUCCGCCAAGACCAGGUGGAUACGAGUCAUCAACACGCUGACGUCGCAGGAGCAGCGACUGCAGGUGUGUUCAGAGGAGACUCUGGAUGAGGUCCUCCAGCGUUACCUGCCCUACAACUCUCACGCCCGCAGCUACACCUGGAAGUAUGACGGAGCGAGUCUGGACAUGAGCAGGACGCUCAGCGAGAACAACGUCCUCGACAACGACCACGAGCUCCAGCAGCUCCGACUGGACCGAGACCUGUUCACGCCCGCCAUCCUCCUGCACUUCAACGAUGACCUCACUGAGGGAUGACCUCUGACCUCAGCCGGUCUCCGAGGACAACCAGCAGCACACAAAACAUUCAACGUCACUCUGAGGUCAUUCGUCAAAGUCUGAUUUUCAAUUUCAUGUCAAAUCAUUUUCGUGUCAAUAAAGUUUCUUCACAAAAACA